AUGGGAAUUGAGUCAGGAACACAAGUGAAAGAAGGAGGUUGGUGGAACUGCCUCAAGGAUUUGCCCCACAAGUCCAAGUCCAAAGUGAUCAGCUUCGCGGAGGGCAUAAAGAAGAUUGGAAAAGAUGAUCCAAGGAGAAUCAUUCACUCUCUAAAAGUAGGAUUAGCUCUCACACUAGUCUCUCUCAUAUACUACUGGAGGCCUCUUUAUGAUGGCUUUGGUGUUGCAGGAAUGUGGGCUGUCCUCACUGUCGUUGUCGUGUUUGAAUUCACCGUAGGUGCGACCAUUAGUAAAGGCAUAAAUAGGGGAUGUGCAACAUUAGUUGCAGGAGCUCUAGGAUUUGGAAGUCAACACUUGGCUAAUUUAUUUGGAGAAAAAGGAGAGCCUGUUGUACUCGGGACCCUCGUCUUCAUUCUGGCGGCAGGCUCUACAUUUUCGAGGUUUUUCCCAAAGAUAAAGGCAAGAUAUGAUUAUGGAAUGGUGAUAUUUAUAUUAACAUUCAGUCUGGUCGCAGUAUCAGGGUACAGAAUAGAGAAACUCUUCGAGGUUGCUCAUCAAAGGUUCUCAACCAUUAUAAUUGGGGGAGCAACGUGCAUGAUAAUAUCCUUAUUCGUCUGCCCAGUUUGGGCAGGCGAAGACCUUCACAAGUUGGUCGCUUCCAACAUUGAAAAGCUAGCUAAUUACCUCGAAGGUUUCGACGCUGAAUAUUUUCAGCGCUCAGAGGAUAAAGCAAAACCUGAAAAAUCAAAACUUGAAGGAUAUAAGAGUGUUCUGAAUUCCAAAGCAAGUGAAGAGUCCUUGGCAAAUCUAGCCAGGUGGGAACCGGGACAUGGCCGAUUUCGUUUUCGUCACCCUUGGAAACAAUACCUCAAGAUUGGAGCACUUUCUCGGAACUGUGCUUACAAGAUGGAAGCUCUCAGCGGUUACCUUAGCACUGAAAUCCAAGUGUCUUUAGAAUUUAAUAGGAAAGUUCAAGAAUCAUGCACGAAGAUGACUUCUGAAUCAAGCAUCGCACUGAAAGCAUUAUCUUUGUCCAUUAAAACAAUGAAAGAGCCUUGUGAAGUAAAACCCCACCUGGAGAAUUCUAAAACCGCAGUUAAAGACCUCGAAAUCGCAGUCCAAACUGCCUCGUUAGAGGACAUAGACGUCUUAGCAAUAGUUCCACUUGCCACGGUGGCAUCCAUACUCGUAGAAAUCACAAGGACAGUGGAGGAAAUAUAUGAAGCUGUCUCUGAACUCUCCAACUUGGCUCAUUUCGACAAAGUGGAGCCCAAUGUCUCGCCGGAGAAGCCACACUUACUUCAUCGAGGUGUUAUCAAUCCUGUCGCAGACGGUGGUAAUGCAGAUCAUAUUGAAAUUAUUACCAUCCAAGGUUCAGACACUGGGAAGGAAAUUGCAUCUUGUAAAUAGAUUGAUUUUAAAUUUACUUGUUAUCCGUUACUGCUAAUUUGAGAGAGGCCAGCUAGUAAGUCGCUUACUCAACAGUUUUUCUCCAGGU